UAUGAAUUGUUCAUCAAAUGAGAUGCCUAAUUUCUUGCCUCUAUUUAAGACGUGUGCUUCAUUAAGUUCUUUUGACUGUGAUUCAAAUCAUUCUACAAAGAGAUUUGGAGAUGAGUUGUUAUUGUUGAGUCCAACAAGAAGCCAGCAAUUAUCAAAUCCAAACAAAAAAAUUGUAAUAGGAGAUGAUUCUUGGUUGAGAAGAGGAAUUUCAAUUUCAAGUGAAACAAGCAGUCCUGAUAGAUAAUUUGAAAGAUAAGAAUUUUUUAGUUCAUUCAGAGUUCCAGUUAAUUUCUGUGAAGAGAAUGAUGGAUUGAAUAGAUUAUAGCAUUUUGAAAAGGAUGCUGUUAAUUAUAUCACUUCUGAAACUUUAGUAAAAUUGAGUAAUUAAUAAUUUAGUAUAAAAAUGCAAAUGAUAUAACAUUGUUUGAUUGUCGUUACAAAUUUGAGUUUGAUGGUGGUCACAUCCAUGGUGCAACUCAUCUUUGCAAUCCUUUCGAAAUAGAAUCUAUAUUUUUUAAAUAAAUUCCUACUGUAAAACCAGUUAUUGUAUUAUACUGUGAAUUUUCAGAGAAAAGAAGUGUUCAAAUGUAAGUAUUCUCAAAUAAUAGUUUUAGUUAUAAAUAAAUAAGAAAUACUGAUCGAAACUUAAAUCAAUAUCCAAAUCUACAUUAUCCUGAUUUAUAUAUUCUGAAUAAGGGAUUUUCAAAUUACAGUUUAGAAUACCCUUCGUAAAUUUAGGGUAAAUACAUUCGAAUGGAUUCAAAGGAAUAUUCUACAUAAUAUAAAGAAUAAAAAUGUUAGACUGACAAUCAAUGGAAUUCAUUAAAAUUGAAAAAAAGACUAUAAAAAAUAAAUAUAUGA